UUUUAUUUCAUUCCAUUUCUUUAGCUUCAAAAAGAAAAUGUCGGUUUCUAUUCGAGCCAAAAAAGCACUCACUGUCUCCUGUCCAAUGUUUGAUUGUUUCUCAGAGGCCAAGGAUAAACUAAAUGAGCCUGGUUUUAUUAAUUUGGGAGUAGCUCAUAAUGAUUUAUUGCAAAACAUGAUUUCUGACAAGCUUAAGAAAUGUGUUGAAAUUAAAGAGGAGGACUUCAAUUAUGGACUUCCUAUGGGCUCAGUUAAAUUGCGGGUGUUGGUUGCUGACUUCUUGAAUCGACACUUUGUCCCUUACUAUCCUUUAAAAGAGCACCAUAUCUUUGUUGAAACUGGUGCAGGUGCUUCAAUCUAUCAGCUCAUUAUGAACAUCUCGGAUAUAGGCGAUUACUGCAUGAUUCCAGUUCCUUAUUAUGGUGCCUUUGAUCUUGACGUGGGUGUUCAUACUGGUGUGAGAAUUUUAGAAGCUCAUGUGCACGAUCCUUAUACAAUGCGUGUUGAUGAAGAAGAAUUGAAAAUUAUAUAUCAAGAAGCCAUUAAUGCUGGCAAGAAAAUGACAUCUAUCUUAAUUACUAAUCCAUCUAACCCUUCUGGAAGAUGCUACUCUCGAAAAGACUUGGAUGUCUUCUUGAAGUUUGCCUCAACUCAUCAGCUCCAUGUUAUUUUUGACGAAAUCUAUGCUCUGUCUUCAUACAGUCAUUUUGUUGACGCUUCAAAGCCAGACCCGUUUGUUUCAAUCUUAAGCAUUGACUACGAGACUGUGAUUGACCCUUCUCUUGUCCAUGUCAUUUAUGGCAUGUCAAAGGAUUUUGCUAUGAAUGGCUUCCGUAUUGGCUUUAUCAUUGAUCAGUUUAAUGAGCCUUUGAAGACAUCUCUUAUGUGUAGUGCCCAUUUUAGUUACAUAUCAAGUCUCACAGAUAGAAUGCUGUGCAAUUUCUUUAGCGAUGAAACAUGGGUUGAUAAAUAUAUAGUAGCUAAUCGAAAAGAAUUAGCUGUUACAUAUGAAAAGACAACAGGUUUUUUGAGAAAGAAUGGUAUUGAAUUUAUUCCCGGCGAGGCAGGUCACUUUUUCAUGAUAAACACCAGAUCGUUUCUAAAUAAGAAAGACGUAACACUUGACGACGAAAAACGAAUAUGGCGCAAUAUGAUUAAUCGGGGUGUUUAUGUUGUUCCUGGCUAUGCAUUUCAUACCCAUAUGUCUGGAUACUUUCGCCUAACAUUUGCUUUGCCAUGGGAUAUUCUCAAAUUAGGUUUGGAAAGAAUGGUGAAGGGGCUCAAAGACGAAUAAGUACUACAGUAAGUUCAGCUGACACCAAAGCAUUAUCAUAUCAUACGGAAUUAUGGUAUAUCUUUCUUACAGAGAAAAAAAAAUACAAACCUACUUUUAUUUCUUCUUAUUAAAUACGGAUUAUUCAGAUAAACAAAAAUCA